ACCAAAACUUCACCAAUUUGUAUACCGUCGCAAAAGAAUCAAAAGAUAUAUCAAGAUACUAGAGAGGAAAAAAAGGAGAAAGAGCGAUCCGAAAUGGCAGGAAUCAUGCACAAGAUCGGGGAGACCCUCCACAUGGGAGACAACAAGAAAGAGGAAGAGAAGCACAAGGGAGAAGGUCAACAUGGACAUGGUGGAGAGUGCAAGGAAGGUCACCAUGGUGGUGAGCACAAGGAAGGCCAGCACAAGGAAGGGAUGAUGGAUAAGAUCAAGGACAAGAUCCACGGCGGUAGCGCUGAGCAUGGCCAGGACGGGGAGAAGAAGAAGAAAAAGAAGGAAAAGAAGAAGCACGAGGAUGGCCAUGAGAGCAGCAGUAGCAGUGACAGCGAUUGAUCAGUUCAACUAUCGUCUCCCCGAUAUAUACCUCUACUAGUCUAUAUUGGGUGUAUGGGAUUGAUGUGAAAGCUUGUCUUAAUAUGUCUUUGUCUUAUAUAUUUUAGCUUCAGCUGGGAAAAAAAAAAAAGAGAGAGGGUGUUUGCUGUUUGGUAUUACAUAUGGUGUGGAAUGUAUUUAGGCAGGCUCUGAAUGGAAAUAUGAUAUGAGAAUAAGAUGUUUCCUGUUUUAUAAUGCUA